GCUUGGGAGUGCCGGUGCACGAACGCUGACAUAACGAUAUAGUUGAUUGCUAAUCGUCGAGUAAAACAACUGCGCUGCAGUGUCAGUCAGUCAGAGUUCGCCGUAACAAGUGCAAUAAUGAAUCGAUGGAGAGGAAAAGUAGCGGUUGUGACCGGUGCAUCAUCGGGAAUAGGCUUGGCUACUGCGAAAGCCCUUCUCAACGAAGGUCUUAUCGUAGUCGGUCUCGCUCGUAGACUCGAAAAAAUGAUAGACGAAAUGAAAGAUAAUCCGAGGCGGGAUCAAUUUCACGCUAAAGCUUGCGAUGUGACAAAAGAAAGUGACGUGAUUGAAGCAUUCAAAUAUGUCGAAGAGAAUUUUGGUGCAUUACAUGUACUGAUAAAUAAUGCUGGCACUGUGACUCUAAAGAGCGUUCAACAAGCAGAAAUGAGCGAAUUAGAACAUAUAAUCAAUGUCAACGUGUUCGGAGUUUUGUAUUGUUCCAAACAUGGAAUUGCGUUGAUGAAAAAACACGGUGACGUGGCUCAUGUGGUCAAUAUUAACAGUAUUGCAGGACGUAAAGUUCCUCAUCCGUUCUGGUUUGGUGGAGGCGACAUACAUGUUAACGUGUAUUCAGCAACAAAACAUGCUAUUACGGCUUUUUCAGAAACUUUGAUUAAUGAAUUAAACAAUGAAGGGAACAAGAUUCGCAUAACAAAUCUAAGUCCAGGCUACACUUCAACAGAGAUCAUACCAGAAAAAAAUUCUUCGGGGAUGACCCAAGAAGUGAAAGAUCUAUUAGCUACAAAACAAGUGUCUCUGAGUAGUGAAGAUGUAGCUGACAGCAUUGUUUAUGUUUUAAGUACCCCGCCUCAUGUUCAAAUUACGGAAUUAACGAUCAAGCCUCUAGGAGAAAAGUUUUGAGUUUUUAUUAAAAAAAAAAAAGAAAACUAUAAGUAAUUUUUUUUUCACUUUUGACAAUUUAUUCAAUGCUCUACACGAUGUGAAUAUUUAAUUCUAUAUAUACAAAUAUACAUUACAUGAAUUAUAUACAGAGUAUAUAGUUUUUAAUGACAAACUUAAUUAAUAUGAACAACUUUUAUAAGUAAAAUCAAUACUGCCUGAUGUUAGUGUAGACAAUAAACAUAUAUCUAUAACACAUAUAUGUAUGUAAUUAUAUUUUUAAUGUAUAAUAUAUUUAUAUAAAAUUAUGCAUAAAUAAUCUUAAGUAUCAGCAAGUAUUUAAUACAUUAGCAAGUAUUAAAUACUUUGAAAUAAAUAUAAAAAAUGUUCAUGAUUCUGCAUGAUGUUUUGUAGUCAUCAAAACAUUUACUUUGUUAAAAAAUAAAUGUUUGUAUUUAUUUCUUUCACACAGUUAUGCACAAAAUUUACAUGGCAGUAACUGUCCAUUAUAAUAAACGUUUAUAAAGCAUA